GCCCCCGCGAAAGGGAAAGUUCUCUCUCUCUCUCUCUCUCUCUCUCUCUCUCUCACUUUAUCCAUCGUUUCUCACUCCUCCUCCCUCAUACACCACUCUACUCUCACAGACAAGCCUCUCUCUCUUUCUACCUAGCUCAUUUUAGGGCUUCUCUCUCUCUCUCUCUCUCUAUACAUUGUUUAGCUCUUUUUUAGAGUUAUGGGAAUCGAUCGGGAUCCCAAGUACCAUUUGGGGGGUUCUGACUUCGAACCCUAGCGAUUGGUAAAUGACAAGUGAUCCGACAAAGGCUUGGCUUUUUCGGUCUCCAAAAGUUGCAUAGAAGAACCUCUCCGAAUCAACCCUAACCCCAAGGUUUUGGUAUUUUGCAGUCGACUCGUUUUGGGUUUAUCAAUUACUGCAGGGGUGGCUUUUGUGAGUCUCCAUGUGGCUGUAGGCUUAGUGGGUUAUGGACUCUGUGAAGACUGUUACUCGUCUUAAGGGUUCUCUUUGUCAUCUGUUCAUUUUUCUAACCAUAUGGUUGUCUAGUUUUCAAGAUGGACUAGCUGUUGAAAUGACACCUGAAGUUACUCACAUUUCUUCCUUCUCUGAGCUAGCAGACCCACCUUCUAGUGGACUAUUUCAACCCAUAGAGAUAUCACCUGCUGUCAUUCCCCAUUAUCCCUUUCCUGGGGACUCUUUGCCCCCUUUGUACCCCAUCUUCCCACCUACAUAUAAUCCAGUCUUGACUGGAAAAUGUCUUGUAAACUUCUCUGCUCUUUCGGAUAUUAUGGAUAAGACGGCGUCCGAUUGCUCUCAACCUUUGGCAGCUUUUGUGGGAAAUGUAAUAUGUUGCCCUCAGUUCAAUAGUUUACUCCAUAUAUUCCGGGGAUACUAUAGCACCACUUCUGGUAAAUUGGGUCUACCAAAUGCGACAGCUGAUGAUUGUUUUUCAGAUAUCAUUAGUGUGUUGGCAAGCAGGAGGGGAAACAGCUCAAUACCUGGCAUCUGCUCUGUAAAACCCUCAAAUCUUACAGUUGGGUCCUGUCCCGUGAACGAUGUAACUACCUUUGAGAAGACGGUUAAUACUAGCAAAUUAUUGGAGGCUUGCAGCAGUAUUGACCCUCUUAAGGAGUGUUGCAGACCAAUUUGUCAGCCUGCGGUUAUGGAAGCUGCACUACAGAUUUCGGCGGGACAGGCAGUGAUCAGCGGUAAUAAGAAUAUAGUCGGAGGGCCGAGCCGGAUGGAUGCUCUUAAUGAUUGUAAAGAGGUGGUGUAUUCGUGGAUUUCUAGGAAACUCCCUAUAGAUGCUGCCAACACUGCAUUCAGAUUAUUAUCUUCCUGUAAAGUCAACAAAGUUUGUCCUUUGGAUUUUCAGCACCCUGAUGAAGUAACUAAAGCAUGUCGUAACGUAGCUGCUCCAAGUCCUUCAUGUUGUAGCUCAGUAAAUGCUUACAUAGCGGGGAUACAGAAGCAAAUGUUAAUUACGAAUCGACAAGCCAUUCUAUGUGCGACCCUUUUCGGUUCCAUUCUCCAAAAGGGUGGGGUGAUGACAAAUAUUUAUGUGCUUUGUGAUGUUGACUUAAAAGAUUUUAGUCUUCAAGCAUAUGGACAAGAAGGGUGCUUACUUCGCAGCUUGCCUGCAGAUGUGGUAUAUGACAAAUCAGCAGGCUUCAGCUUCACAUGUGACUUGAAUGACAAUAUUGCAGCUCCAUGGCCUUCUUCAUCCUCUAUGACAUCCUUGUCUCUGUGUGCUCCUGAGAUGUCAUUGCCUGCCCUUCCAACAUCGGAGACUUUGGGAAGUUCCGGGUAUCGAACUGGUGGAGUUAAAUUUCUUGUACCCAUUUUCUCGUUGCUUGUUUUUUGUACGUUGUGAUGCUGAAAAAUAUGUAGCCAAGGGCUGAUCUGGUUUGAAUUAGAGGACUUUCAUAUGGCCCAAGUCCGUGUAUAUUUUGAGUUUGCUCUCAUGUAUAGCAGCAGUUUUUGGGGUUAUCCAUUCUUGAUUCAUGUAGUUCUGGAACCUGUUAUAGAGGAUUUGCUUUUGUGUUUCUAACCAAAUAGGUGUGUAAUAUAGCCCCGCGUUUUUGAAGUUGUAGAAA